AAUGUUGUGACAUUUCCUAAAAAUUUCUAAUCAGUUAUAGAUUAAAAGCAAUUAAAAUUAAGUCAACCAGAACAAAGGGUAAAACAACGACCUCAAAGACAUGUAUGAACAAAUGGCAUUUGAAUUCAAUAAACCAUGAAGCUUGUACUUGUGCUGCUACUAGGAGCUGUCUAUGUUCAACAUACCGAAUCUCAAUUUCGACUGCCAAAACCAAUAGACGUGGUAAAGAAUGCGGCGAAGCCAAUACAAUCAACCAUAAAACUGUUUACGGAACAAUUUCGUAGCUUUAAGACCCAGUUUCGUAAAUCAUACGCAUCCCCUGAAGAAGAAGAAAGAAAACUAAACGUAUUCUCGAGAAAUUUCGAAAAAAUAACUCAACUUACCAAAGCGGGCGCGCUUCCAUUCGUCACAAAAGUUAACGAAUAUUGCGAUUUAAUAUCGAGUGAAUUCAAUAAACUCCUAAACGGGUUGAAAGUUAAAAGGAAGUCUGGAUCGAGGCGGGUACGUAGAGGUAGUCUCCAAGGUGGACCUGGACAUGCUGCAGAUAGUAUUGACUGGAGAGAUAAAGGCGUUGUCACAGAAAUUAAAAAUCAGGGAGAAUGUGCGUCUUGCUACGCUUUUGCGUCGACUGCCGCGGUUGAAAGUCAAACAGCAAUCAAAACGGGAAAACUCCAAGACAUCAGCCCGCAAGAAGUGCUGGAUUGUUCCCAAGUCGAGCCGUACGAAAACUACGGUUGUGAUGGAGGCUCAUUAGAACCAGCUUAUGAUUAUAUUAAAAGUAAAGGUGUGGUAUCUGAUCAAUCCUACCCCUACACGGCGACAACUGGCGAGAAAUGCAACGCGAGCCCCGACCAGGUCUCCGCCAAUAUCAAAUCAUAUGUUACCAUCCAAGAAGGAGACGAAGAGGCUUUAAAAGAAGCUCUUUCUAAUAUAGGUCCUAUCGCUGUUGGUAUGGACGCCUCCUCUGAAAAUUGGCAAUUUUAUGGCGGCGGCAUAUACUACGAGCCGGAUUGUAAGUCGGCCAUCGAGAACUUAAAUCAUGCUGUAACAUUGGUCGGAUAUGGGGAGGAAAACGGGAUGAAGUACUGGAUUGUGAAAAAUUCAUAUGGCACCAGUUGGGGAGAAAAUGGUUACGCGAAAAUCGCUAGAAACGAGACUAACCACUGCGGAAUUGCGAGCUACGCAGUCUACCCCCUAUUUUAAACAUAUAAUGUAACAAUUAGUUUGAGGGUGCAAAUAAGAUAUUAGCGAGGAUAUUAGUCAUUCAUUUUUAUAUUUUUAUUAACUACACUUUUAAUCUGAUUUAUUUUAAUAAUGAAUUGAAUAAAUAAUG